AUGAAGGGGUGUAGAAGCGAGCGGGUGCAAGAGAGGAAAGGGGCUGUGGUCCUCUUGGAGCCAGGAACAGCGUCCUCGGUCCAUGAUCUGAACAUUCAGUCACCGCCCAAGAUGCCAACGCAUUCAGAAUGUAGCCGAGAGGUACCUAGCCCCUCCCCCUGUAUUUACACGUCCAGGCUGGCGGCCGCCCUCCGGCCCCCACCGGACUUCAGUCUCUUUUCCAAAUCCUCUUUGGUGACCACACUGGGCUGCCCCUUCGCCCACGUUAACCUAGCCUUCCGUCCCCUCACCCUUGGGCAGAUCUUACUCUCGGGCUGCCGCCUGCAUCCUCAAAAGAGACCCUUUCCUCCCAACACCACUUACUUCACCCACCCAGAACCUCACUUGCAUUCCCCAAGGCACCAAACCGUAACCGAAAGCCACUCCGGGGAUUUUAUUAUCGAGUUGGGGGUGGCGUGCUUGAGUUGUCUGACCCCCACCGCUCUGGAUGGAGACCCCCGGGGUGGCAGAAACCUUCCCUUAAAGUCCCACCUCUCCUGGUUCUCCUUCUCUGCUCCUACCCAGCAGCGACAAGCAGGAGAAGCACUACUAGAUCCCAAACCCUCGCCUCUGGAACCGGAGCUGCAGGGAGCGAAAAGUCCAACUGCAAGAACACAAGAGAUGGCCUAGGCAACCUGACUGGGAGCUGAUCCCGCGCUCUGCGUAAA